AUGUCAAGUUACCAACCUCAAGCCCGGUAUUCUUUUAACUGCCAAGACAAGGAAGUAGAAGAAUAUCUCGUACAUACGAUUAUGGAAAUCCACGUAGCCAAAGUCUCAUCGGAGGAGAGGAUCAGCCAUAUCAAUACCACCACAGAUAUGCCUAUCCCACUAGCGAAGGAUCAGUUCAAGAGACCGUAG